AUGAACUUUCCAUUAAAAAAAGGAAAGUCCACCAUCAGCCAACAUUUGCCAUCACUGCCACCACCACCACCACCACCAUCCACCCCAUUGACGCCGCCACUUCCAACCCCAUCACCACUACCGUCACCAUCACCCACACCACCAUCGUCGUCGCUCCCACCUUCAUCCUGUCACCACCACUAUCCAUCAUCUCCACCACCACCACCGUCGUCACCACCUACCACCACCAUCACAACCACCGCCACUGUCACCACCAUCCACCGCUACUGCCACAACCAUCAUUUACGAUUUUUAUAA